CAUCGUGUCUCCAUUGGUUAUCAAAUGACAUUUAAAACAUGUCGGUCUUUAAAAAUUUUGAAAUUCUACCUAAAUUUAGAGUGACAUUCAAAGACAUGAUCAAGGGAUUUGUAUCUCAGUUAAAUUCCAAAUCGGCACCUACCCUAUACUACUCAAGCAUAAGCCCUCCUGCCCUAUCCGCAUUGAUGGUCGCCAAAACGCUAAAUGUAGAGGUAAAUUUGAAAAAUGUGAAUAUGCUAACGAAGGAUUAUCUGACACAAGAUUUGUUAGAGGUAAAUCCGCAACAUACCAUACCUACACUUGUCGAUGGAGGCUUUUCAAUCUGGGACAGUCAUGCAAUCGCCGGUUAUUUGGUAGGACAAUAUGGCCAGGACGAUCGACUGUAUCCCAAAGAUAGUAAAAGACGGGCGCAAGUUGAUCAAAAACUACACUUUGACACGGAACAUCUAUUCCCCUGCGUUCACGAAACGGUGUUCCCCUUGCUGUUUCGUGGCAAAUCGGAUAUAUCCAAAUUUACUCGAAAAAAAGUCGAACGUACUUAUCUGACGCUCGAAGAGUUUCUGAAAAGGUCCGACUGGCUUGCCGGAAAUAACGUAACGAUUGCAGAUCUCUGCUGUUGUUCCUCGAUCAGCGUCUUGGAUUACCUCAUACCGGUUAGAGAAGCAAAGCCUCGUUUAUUCAACUAUAUACAACGCUGUAGCGCGCUACCGCAUUACCAAGACGUAAUACAAAAAGGAGUCGAUCAGUUGGGAAAUAAAAUACAAGAAAGUUUGAUUUCAACGUAUAUUAAGCAUUAUACUUUGUCGAGAAAUAACGACCACGCAGCGUUAGGGUUGAAUUAUAAACGAAUACAAGUCAACUUAUUUAAAAAUGAACAAUUAUCCCCAGAAAUAUUAAAGCUCAAUUCCCAACAUACAGUGCCAAUUUUGGUAGAAGAGGAUGGUACGGUCAUUUGGGACAGUCAUGCCAUUAACAUCUACUUGUGCGAAAAUUAUGGAACAAAUCAGAAUUUAUAUCCAGAAGAUCACGCAAAGCGUGCACUGAUUAACCAAAGAUUGUUCUUUGACGCAUCGAUGGCAUUUCCUCUUGUUCAAAAAUGUCAACGACUGCGUGUUCAAAGACGAGACCUUCCAGAAAGAAACAUAACGAGAUUAUGCGACAUGUACGAAACAUUGAACAAUUUCAUUAAAAAUGCUGACUGGGUAGCUGGAAACAGUGUAACUUUAGCCGAUUUGAGUUUAAUUCCAAAUAUCACGCUCGCGCACCAUCUACUAAUGGCAAUCGAUGUGCAGAAAUAUCCAAAUGUAAUUCGAUGGAUUAAAAAUGCGGAACUACUUCCCUUUUACUACGAGAACACAAAUUAUUUAACUGCGAUCACCGAUUUCGUUCACAGACCACGCACAAAUAAGGUAAAAUCGGUUCUGUGAAACUACUCGCCGUUAACCCUUAAUACCUAUCUAUUGUGAAUCUUUGACUUCAAUAAACAUAAUCCACUUAUCCAAAAAAAUUUGUAAACCAUAAUCUCAUACCUACGAUGAUUUAAACCUUUUUUAACUAUAGUAAUAGGGAAUAAAAGAUGCAGAAUCAAUAAUAAACAAGAGAGUUAAAUAUACCUAUAGAUUAACGGAAUGACAAAAGUAGGUAUAAUAGUAUUAUAAGAAAAGGUGCAAUAAACCAACAACGGAAGGCAAUCAGGGGAGAAGGAUAAGUACCAAAUGUGUGUUAGAAUGCAAGAUUGCAACAUCCCGAAAGAAUAGAUAUAAUAGAAUGCAAUUGCAAGAUAGAGGUGCUUCCAAAGAGUUUCGUAAGCCUGUCGCCUGAGUAUAAAAAAUUAAAAGGAAAGGACUAUAGAAGCAGGUAAUAAGAAUAUAUAGGUAAAGUAUCAGAAAAUGGAGCCAAAAAUAGUAAGCUGCUAAAAGAGAGCAACAAUAUUCGUAUAUAUUCCAUUCCAGAAUCCGCAAAUAUAUAAGGGCAAAACAAUUGACUUUCGGAAAAACUUAUUAUUCCUUCAGUCUCGAGAAGGGGUGGCAUCCAUAAGAGCAACCUCCUGUACAGGUCAACGUUACAACGUACAUAACACGAGCACAAACUAAUUUGCUUAUACAGCAAACGCCCAUCUUUCUGGAAAGUUCUCGAACGCUCUCGAACAAGA